GGAGCGGCUGCUGAUGACCCCCAAGUCGGACAAGAAGAAGCGGAGGAGAUCUCUGUUCGAGAUUGCGGGUGACCGCCACCAACAAGAACAGCAUCUGGAUGAUGAACUACCACAUGGCGCCGACGUCGCUCACAGCAGUGCCAGCUCUUCCGAAGAGGACAGCGAGUUGCAAGAGGCACUACUGAACGACGCCCAGGAACAAGUAGACCGUCGUGGUGCAUCAGCGAUAGGAACUUUCUUGGACGAGGAUGGAGGAAUCGACGCUGAGAAAAAUAACCAGGAUGCUUCCUUUCUGGCCCAGUAUGCAUUGCGAAAUCAUGUGGAUUUUCUCGUAGUCGUACUGGUUGCAAGGAUGCAAGACCAAUGAUUUCUCCUUCCGUAUUAAAACUCUAAAACUACCCCGUAUUGUAGUUUGAUAGCAAUUUCUAUGUACAACUGCGAAGAUCAUAACUAUGCUUUUGCAAUGCAUACGCAGCAUCAACUACAAGCGAGUGUGAAUCAGGACGUCGAAAUGGAGGACGUAGAAAUGGAGGACGUGGAGGGCUUAUGCAAUGCAAAAGCAUCGUACGAGUUGUAUAAUUUGCAUUACAAAUUCCCUAAGCAUUAGAAAUUGAAUUUGUGAUGCUGAUUCACCUUGAGAAAGAGAUUUGUAAUGCCGAAAUGCAAUUACUACGAGUGCGAUACUUUUGCACAGGAUAAGGCUACGAGGAUGAAAACGCUGACGAACAAAGAGACGCACACGACCCCGAGGGCGGAAGGUCCGUCGAACAAGAAGUGUCCUCCCGGGAUGUUGCCGACGAGGAAGAGGCAGGGCAAGAAAAUGAGGAAGAAUUGUCCCGGCCCGGUGUCGAGGAGCAGGUGGCACAAGAUGAAAAC